GAAUCUGGAAGGAUCGGAUAGAAAAUUAUGAGAAAAACUCCUUAAAACAAGCUACUAAGACUCUCAAAAAUUUGAAUAAGUAAUUUACAACUCUAAUACAUAAUUCCAUACUAAAACUCCUCCUCUCAGCAGCUAAAAGCAGUCUCAUUCUCAAAAAUAUCACCUUUUUCCGUACUAAACUUCAUAUUUCUUCUUAUUCUGCUUGUCUCUCUAGGUUCGAGUACCAGUACAACAAUGAUGUAGCAAACUAUGAAAUCUACACUAAAGAAGCCAAAAAGAAGCAGGAAAUGCUGGAGAAAAUGGCUGAAGAAGAAAGCAAUGCCAAGCGAUUACUUCACAUGCGGAGGCUCAAAGAACAGCUCAACCACAAUAGGUUCUAUAAAUGAGCUUCCUCUAUGGCUUCUCCAGAAAUGGUCCAGGUUCCUAGAAAGAGGUAGAAGUCUAAAGGAGCUUGGAGAAGCUGAAAAGAAGAAUCUCACAAACCUCCUUCAGAAAAACCUGAGGAACGAUAGAGUAACACAAGGGUUUACAAGAAGAAGGGAGAGAAAUAGGAACAGGCUCUUUGCCUCCCGUACUGGAACAAAUAUCUCAAAAUCUCCUGAAGAACUCAACCUCACUGCAUCAGUUCAGGAUCACAGAAAUAGGAACAAAGGAAGGAACAGAUUUAGGAUUUCUAAAGGGAAAAAUGAUUUAGCAACCAUGAAGAACUUUCGAAAGUAAGAGCGGUAAGAAUAGAAAGGAAGAGAUUUGCUUGGCAAUGACCAAACCCUGAAAUAAAAAGAAAUAUGCCAACUUAUCAAAAGAUUUUACUGAGACAAAGAACUCUCAGAUAGCAAAAAUCUCCCAUUCCUCCAAGAAAACUGCGUUUAGAAAUAUCCAGACUGCAGAGCCGAAUAGAGUCAGGAAUGCUUGGAUAAUGCACAACAAACAGAAAGUGUUAAUGCAGCAGGAGAGGGAAGAGAGGGAGCAAAAAAUUGCCAAAAAUAUGAAAUAAGCUCCAACAACAAUACUGUAAGAUCAAGAAAGAACGUCUCCUAAAAUACAUCGUUUGUUUUGGCAAUAACAGUGAGUUGGUUAGAAGAGUUAUGGAGACCAGACACGCCUCAUGGUCAGAGAUUCCUGACAACAGUAAGAUAUAUAACUUCAAAUGGAAGCCAUUCUCUUAUGGGAUCAGAUUUGAGGAAAUCUCUUUAUAUGGCCAUCAACAAGUCGUUAAUCAUAUUUUUAAUCAUGAGGAGAUAACGAUGAAAGAUAAGUUAUUUCAUAAUAUUUCUGAAUACUGAAAGGAGCACAAAAUGGAUGUAUUUAAAUAUGUUCCUCCUACCUUCAUCCUCGAUUUCAACAGUAAGGGUUUCAUUAAUGAUCUAUGAUACCUUGAAAAAUUGUUUGAGGUAUUUAGAACAGAAGAAGCCAAUUCUGAGGAGUUUCAACUCUCGACUACAGAGAAACCCCCUCCAUAUAGUCAAGAUUCAUUGGAUAAUUUUCCUUCAGAUCUUGAACAUCACAAAAGCCAUAUUGGUGAAGGAAAUUUGUGGUUUCUGAAACUCACAAAGCUAAAUAGAGGCAGAGGAAUUUAUGUAUUUGACAGUAUGGAUCAGCUAAUCUCCCUUAUAAACGAAUGCACUGAAUCUGUGGAAGGUCAUUCUAUUGUUAAAAUAUAUGGCAAAACUUCAAAAUCUAAAAAGAAUUAUGCAAAAGUCCCAACAUUAAGCACUAAUUUGUGAAUGAAGGACACUCUGUCUCAAAGGGAUAGUGUCAAGUACCGUAGCUCCAUCUUUGUCAUUCAGAAAUAUAUAGAAAGGCCUCUCCUAAUACAGGGUAGGAAGUUUGAUAUUAGAAUUUGGGCUUUGUACUGGAACAAAAGAGUACAUAUUUUUGAAGAAGGGUACAUCAGGACUGCAUGAGAGCCAUUUUCCAAUCAAAAUACAGAUGUCAGUAACCAAUAUAUCCACUUAACAAACAACGCGAUUCAGAAGUUUGCAAAAAAUUAUGGGACUUAUGAGGAAGGAAAUCAGCUUUCUUUUGGACAAUUUCAAGAGCAUAUGGAAGCUCAAGAUCCAUGCUUUAAGAUUCAUCCAAUUUUGAAGCAAAUAGAGGAUAGUGUUGUAAUGACUUUCAGAUCUAUUGAGCAUACUUUCAUGCAACGACCUAAAAAUCAUGAUAAAAGUUGUUUCGAAAUAUUUGGAUAUGAUUUCAUGAUAGAUGAACACCUCAAGGUAUGGCUCAUAGAGUGAAAUACAAAUCCUUGUAUCGAAGAAUCAAGUAAAUUACUACAGAGAAUCAUACCCAGAAUGAUAGAUGAUGCUUUAAAUUUGGUAUUGGACGAAACUUUUAGCACACAAGAGCCUAAUUUAAAAGAUCGCUAUGACAAACCCAGGGUCUCUCAAUUUCCAAUACCAGGAUAUGAAGAUACCUGAAACCUUUGGAAGUCAGUACUUACUUUAUCAAUUUAG